AUGAAAACAAACAGUGUUCAUUCAAUAAUUGUUGAUAAAUAACCAAAAUACUCUCAAUUCUUAAAUGCUUAAAUUUUUAGUGGUUAUAGAGUUCGUGGAAAGGAUCAAUCUAAAAAAUCAUAUAAUUAACUAAGCCCAUCAGAUGAUUAAAAAUUAUCCAACAAUUUAUCAACAUCUUAAAGUUAUGUGAAUGCUAUGAAAGCAUUAUAAGAUAAAAUCAAAUCUUUAGAAAAUGAAAAUGAAAAUCUUCAAAUCUAGAUUGUAUUUAUUUAAAACAUAUCUUGAUAGAAUUCUAAAUAAGUGAUUAAAUAAGAUUAGAUUAAGGAAAGAUAAGUAGAUAUUGAUUUUAAAUUAAAUGAGAACCAAUAAAUUAAAGAUGUUGAAUUAAAGUUAGCUCAAAUGGAAAUUGAUAAAGACUUAAUGAAAGAUGAGUAUGAAUAAAAAAUAUAAUAAUUACAAUCAAAUUUAAUAAACAUUGCAUCAUAAUCUGAUUAAAGAUAUAGAGAAUAAUAAGAUUAUAUCCAAUAAUUGUAAUUAAUUAAUUUAUUAUUAUUAUUAGAUAAGAUUAAUUAGAAUUAUAAGGAGAAAACAAUUAAAAUUAUAGAAAUAAAAUUAAUUUAUAAAAUCAAACAAUUUAGUAAGAGAAAUAAGUAAUUAUUACACAUAAUAUAAAUAGAAUAAUAGCAAUCUUGAAUCAAUUUUAGAUUAGGAAAAGAGAGAUGGUAAAUGUUUAAUAGAAAAGAAUGAACGUUUAUAAGAUGAAAUAAAUAAAUUAAAAGAAUAAAUAUUUGAAAUACAUACUUAUAUGAAUUGGUAUACACAAUAAUAUGAUGAAAUUAAAAUAUAAAGUAUUAUUCACAUUUAAUAUAUAGAAAUACAAGAAGAAACAAUUAAGUAAAAAAAAUAGAUUUAAGAAUUAACUAAUUAGAUAGAAUAAUAUAAGGAUCAUAAUUUAUAGUUGAAAUUAGAUUUAGAACAUUAAAAAUUAGAAUUGGAAAAAGCAGAGUUAAAAAGAGUUAAAAAAAUAUCAGAGUCUAAUAUCUAGAUAGAUUUACUAAAGCAAUAAUUAAUUAAUUUAUCUUUCAACUCAAUAAUUCAUACUUAAAGUCCUAGAGAAACAUAAAAGAAAAGUAAAUUGAGUAAAAAUAUAAUUGACAAAACUUAAAGUUUAAGGAAUAAUAGAAAAUUUGAUAAAUAUAGUAAUAAUAAAUUAUUAGCUUAAUCAAAUAAUACUAGUUAAUAAGAAUUAUUAAAAUAAUAAACUAUUGAUUCAUAAAGUAGUGUUUUUAGUAGAUUAAUUGUUAAAACUUAAGAAUAGAAUUUCCUUACUUAGUAGAAGAGUGAUGAUAGGAAUAAUAUUAGAAAUUCAACAGAUGAACAUUUAUAUACAGAUUAAUUAAGUAUAAAUAAAAAACAAGGAUACUUUUAAAUUUAAUAAAGAAUUCAUCAUUUAAAUGAAUAAUUAAAAAUUCUUAAUAUUAAAUAUGAGACUAUAGAAAAUGAAAUUUCAUAAUUAAUUGAUUUAAAAAUUAAAUAAGAAAAAAGAUAAUAAUUACUUUAGAUAAUAGAUUAAAUAUAAGAAAUUGAUAAAGAACUUAAAGAUCUUGUAAUAAAAUCUAAAAAUAUUUAAUAAUAUUGA